GGCGGUGACGCCACCGACGAAUCGCCAGAUCAGUUCGGCCGAAAGCCAGAGCCAUGGCAGAUCAGAUGCCUGGAGCCGAGGAGUCGGUUCUUCUGCAUCCAAAGGUGAUCUGCACCGGCUCCGAAGCGCUCUGUGCUUUGAGCAACUAUUUGAUCACCACUUCGUUGGGAGGCCUCUCGGGCAUCAAGGGAACCAUUCCCAUUUUGAUGGUGGCCAUCGGUUCCCGAAUCAGCGAUCGCUGCCCCCUCCACUUAGAAGAUACCUGGCUGGAGAGCUGGGUCAGUAUUGGUAUGUUAUCAGCUUUACUGCUCCUGGAAAUUCUGGCAGAUUGUAUCCCAGCACUAGCCUCGUGCUCCGACAGCCUCAUGCUGCUGAUUAAGCCUCUUUUGAGCGUCGCGCUGGCGCUCUCGCCCAGUUAUGGGAACCUUUAUGGAAUCAGUUCUUUCGUUGGCUGGCUAGCGGCCUUCUCAUCAGCCCUAUUGGCCAUCCUGGUGGCCUUCAUGAAGGCCACAGUCGCUGAUGUGGAUUUGCGUUUGUGUCGCUGAAUCGCGGUUCGCAAGAUUUGGGAUAGACAUGGAUAGACUGAAAUUCCGUGGCUUGCUGCGCUUGAGCUGUGCAAAGUUCACGCACUCAGUGAGAUCAGCUAAGGCUGCCUGGACCUUGGCCUGCGACGCUGGCUCUGCGGGUCUUUGCAGCCAAGUGAGGAGUGCCACGGAGAGCUUAGUUACAGGUUUGCUGGCCUUCGUGGUCUUUCUGGUGGGGCUAGUGGCCGCAGCCGUUGUCUUGGUCGUCGUGAUCUUGGCAGUGUCACAGUUCCUAGCACCCUAGAUUAUUCAUCACAAUCUUCAAUGGUCUCGUAUCAAGAAGGAAAAGUUAGGAAAACCCAGGGUGGUUUUGCUCAAACUGGUUUGUUGAAAGGGACAUUGGGGGACCAAUUGAAUUGCACCUACCAGAUCAUACAAUUACCGUUUGAGCAUCACUUGCGCCCGUUAUGCCAUCAGAUCAUCAACCACAUAAAAAGGUUUGUCGGUGCAUUCGAUGGAACUCUCCCGGCGCCGAACAGACAUCCACGAUUUGUGCAUGGUUGCUUGAUGUUGUUUGCUAUGUGAUGCCAUCGGGAUCUACAUUUGGACGCACAUCUCUCUCUCUCUCUCUCUAGAAAAGGGGGGCGUGAUGCUUUUAUCCAUGGAGUUUGGGAGCCGUUUGGUAUGUUAGAAACUGCCGUAGACAUUUUGGGGAUUUUUGGGUGUUUGACUCAUGCUCUUUAUUUGUGGCCUGCCCAGAGAAAAUCAGAAACAAUCGACCCGGAGUGAGAACGCAUGAACCCAGGCACGCCGCUGGCUGAAAUCCCAAGAAAACCUGACGUCAGACUCAAGUGAAAGUGAUGGCAGUGAUUCCAACGCGUGAAAGACACAGCGUGGACGAAGACCGUCCAUGUGUUGGACAGUACACACAGAGGACACAUCAAAAGUCUUCGAUGCGGAGUG